GUUAGUUUUGCACCUUCACGGCCGUGCCAGAGCCUGCGCUAAAAUGUCUCCGCCAAAAUGUAUGAAACCUGUUAACAUGACAUCGGCGCCUAAAAAGAGAGAUUUUUUUAAUGGAUCACAAGGACUAAAUAAGAUGGACCUCAUAAAUCCCGAGCCAACAGAGACACAUGAAGAAGAUAUGGCUCUUGAUUGUGACUUAACCAGCAGAGGAACAAAUAACUUCUAUUCCUCCCAGAAGUUCCUUGGGCAUUCUUCAGCCGACCAUCUCUUUCCUUCUUUCUCCAAUAGACAAAAUUCUGCUUACAACCGGCAGGACAGUUGCCUACCCUUUACUUCACGGAAUAGUUUUCAAACGAAGAGUAGUAUAAUUGAAGACUCCGGCUCAGCUUCAGAGUCAUGUCAAAUUGCUAGCACCAUCGAAUUUACUGCCGGGAACAAUUUUGAUGAGAGCAAAUUCGCAAACUUCUGUCCAAUUGCUCCUACUAUCGAAAUUGUUCCUGGGAACGAUUUUGAAGAAAAUCAACAUUUGUAUGAAGUUAUAAUGGCAAAUUACUACUAUUAUGUUGUCGGUGGAAUAAUUGGCACUACUCCAAAGCACACAUCUUGGGCGGGUUUCACUCAGAUCGAUCACCUGGACAAGGAUGGUGGAAACGACAAUGGGAAGAAGAAAAUACAAAAGAGAAAGCAGAGAGGGCGUCGAUAUGGAUAUACCAGACAGCACAAUUCUGGGUAUGAAAUCAUCCACAAGAAAGAAGAACAUGAGCAGCAACAGAAUGUUAAGCUCGGCCUACCACCACCCUCACUACCCCCGAAACACACUGACUUCCCCGGUUUGAAGGAGCUGGUGGAGGAGACGGCAUCCAACUCAGAUGACGAAGAAUUCUACCGUCAGCUUGAUAAGCGUGUGAAGUUCAUCAAUAAUCAAUAUAGUGUUAUGAGAGAAAACACCUCCGCGCAGAAAGACAAAUACAAGCCGUAGUUAGUGGGAAGCUUACCCUCUUGAGUGAGUUCACUUGAAAAGAAGAGGACCUGACAAAGCUUGCUAUACACACAUGCUUGCUACUAACCUUGAUAUUGGCACAUAAGAUAGUGGUGUUUGUGUUGUGUAUUUUAAUGUUGAACCCAGAGUGUGAAACUUUGCAAUGCUGUGCAAUUGAUUAGAAAAGUAUUUAGGUUUAGGAAGCAGUAAGAAAUUGAGUUAUUGAUUGUGCAGCAUUGGAAAUAAGUUUAUCAUAUACGUGUUUAAAUGAAUUGAUAGUCUUUUGCGACUGCAAUACACUCCACUUUGUUAGUGAAUUCUCCUUGUGUGUCUCUGUGUGUGUGUGUGUGUGUGUGUGUGUGUGUGUGUGUGUGUGAUGUGGUUGAAUAAAUAGCUAAAUAUUGCCAGAAGUUGUCUCUGAGGUGGAAUAUCACCUUCCAAUACACAUGAUUCUUAUAUAUAACCAUGCACCAUCAAGUCGAUCCUGUCCUGGCUUUCGCUAGGUGGGUAUCGAUUUGAUGUCGACCUGAAACCGACACCUCCAUGACAAUUACCAUCUAAGUCGCUAUGUUCAUGGGAGCAGUCUUUAUCUGCGGAUUUAGAGGGUUGCAGGAAGGUCGAGAUGGUGACGGUGGCGCUGACAUCAGGAUUGUUACGGCUUGAUAUUGAUCUCAAUCCAGCACCUCAAUGACAGUUCCAUCUGGACUACCAUCCUAGUGGCUAUGUUCACGGUAGUGGAAAGAACAGGGUGAAGAGGAGAUGAUGACGGAAGUGCUGAAGGAGGUAGAGAGGGCUGGGAGGGGACGGGGCGGCGAUUAUUAAGGAUCCAUACUAAUGAUGGUAUAAAGUAUUAUAUGACCCCAGCAACACUCGAGGAUUCAAACCUCCAAAUAGUUUCGCUGCCUUGGCUGAGUAACACGCUUAACAGGUUAGUGAGGAGUUAGUUACUUCAACACCACCGUGAACAGACCACAUGGACAACUUAUAACUUAAAGUUGUGUACCCGUUACAAUCAUCAGAGGAAUAACAUCAACCAUCAAAUUAAACCGGAUAAGUAUAUCAUUUACGACAGGUUCGUUCACCGACUCGCUACCUAAUUACUCCUUUAAAACAACUGAGCAGUUUGUAGUUUUAGGUUUAUGAUAAGACUUAAGUGGC